UGUAGCAGAGGGAAGGCUUGCAGUGUAGAGGUUCAUUAUCCGUGUUAAAUAACAACAAACCAGCGAGAGGUGAUUUGAAUUAAGGAUUUUGUGGCACUUGUAAUUGUGCACCCGUUAUUUUAUUUACAUCUACACUUUUAUUUGUUGUUUAAGAGCUGAUUUUCCCCCCGGUCAAGAAAAGCGAUAUGUGGCAGAAUACAUCCGACUUCCACGGAUAGCCUCAUCAACAUGCACUUCUUCCUCCUUUGAUCACCAUUAUUGCCAUCAACAAUGGAGUAGAUCCGCCUCUUCACGACUUUCUCCUGCGUCCUGAAGAGCGGGUGUUUCCCGUAAAGCCCAGUGCUCGCUAUGUGCGCCAUGCCAAGUAACGGCAGAGCUGGGAUAUCCGUCUUCUCAAAGCUUCUUUUGCCGUUCAGGAGGUCACGUCAUGAGAGGGUGAUCCUGGCGCGCAGCGAGAGCGUACCCAGCGAGCACGUCUUGAAAGUGACCAUCACCGAGACGACGGUGAUCGAAGCCGACUCGGGCGUGUGGAAUUCCAAAUCGCUGGCGUACCUCAUCCUGUGGUACUUCUUCAGCUUCUGUACGUUGUUUCUCAACAAGUACAUCCUGUCCCUGCUGGAGGGAGAGCCAAGCGUACUGGGUGCUGUACAGAUGCUUUCCACCACAGUGAUUGGCUGCAUUAAGAUGUUUGUGCCUUGUUGCCUGUACCAGCACAAAUCCCGUGCUGAAUACCCACCCAACUUUCUCAUGAUCAUGCUCUUCGUGGGAAUAAUGAGAUUCACCACUGUGGUGUUGGGGCUGGUCAGCCUGAAAAGCGUAGCCGUGUCAUUUGCUGAGACGGUGAAAAGUUCGGCACCCAUCUUCACCGUCAUAAUGUCCAGACUGAUACUGGGGGAAUACACAGGUCUUUGGGUGAACUUGUCUCUGUUCCCAGUAAUGGCCGGUCUGGCUCUGUGUACAGCCACUGAAAUCAGUUUCAACAUGCUAGGCUUUUCUGCUGCUCUCUCCACUAACAUCAUGGACUGCUUACAGAAUGUAUUUUCUAAGAAGCUGCUAAGUGGGGACAAGUAUAAAUUCAGCCCCCCAGAACUGCAGUUCUACACAAGUGCCGCUGCAGUGAUCAUGCUCAUCCCCGCCUGGGCGUUUCUCAUGGAUAUCCAUUUGUUUGGGAAAAGUGGCCGUGAUUUAAACCUGACCCAGGACAUUGUGGUGCUGUUGCUGGUUGACGGAGUGCUGUUUCAUCUGCAGAGCGUCACGGCCUACGCCCUCAUGGGACGCAUAUCACCGGUCACUUUCAGUGUGGCAAGCACGGUGAAGCACGCUCUGUCCAUCUGGCUGAGCAUCAUCGUGUUCAGUAACCCCAUCACGCUGUUGUCCGCAUCAGGCACCUUAAUGGUGUUUGUGGGCGUCUUGCUGUACAACAAAGCCAAACAAGUGCAGAGGAAAACGCUGCAGGCUCUCGUCCAGUCAGAUUCAGACCACAGACCCUUACUUCAAGAGUCCAACCUGAAAGCAGCUGACUGAUGAUAACACUGACAGAUGGGACUUGAAUCUUACAAGGAUUUUUUUAUUUUUUUUAUAUUUAUUUUCAAAAGAUGGACAAAACCGGUAUUACUAAAGCAGCUUUGUCCUCGCCGCAUUCCCGUUUUUGACGUAUUUGAUACCUCACACGAGUGCUGGCAAGGUCAAGGUCUAACGAGGAGCAGAUGAUUUGUACAGAAUCGACCAGAAGCAAAAUAUACUUUGAUGAAUCGUUCAGAUCUCUUUUUAUAUCUAGAUCAAUUCACCGUCUUAAUUCCAUGCUAGUUCUAUUUUACAUAUCUAGAGCGUGUGUACAUUUACAAGUUGUCACCCCACCACCUUAUUUUUUUUUUCCCUCUUGCACAUAUACAAUCAUAUAGAUUCCUAGAGACGAUCUAAUCAACGAUAGGGAACGUUAUCAGGAUCGUGUUGGGAAGCUAGUGCCAGAUCAGAGGUUUCGUAGGCGGAGAAAAGACAAGUGGAGCCGCUGAACAGCCUUUCAGAAUUAUUACUGACCCAAAAAAUAGAUGUAUGUUUGGGGGCCAAAACAAUCCACGCUAUAACUGACCAAAUGAAUGCGCUGUGAUGGACGUCUCUGAUCAAUUCGUCCUCUCGUGAUGUAUACCUUUAUCAUUUGUUUUUUUUUAACACACUAAAAAGUAAAAGUGCAUCUAGUCUAAUUUUCACAUUUUCUCAUUUUUCUCAUAAUUGCUUCUUUUAGAAAUCAAUGCUUUACUAUUAUUAGCAAGGAAAAAAGUGCCUGUCCAUAAAACUAACUAAAACCUUAAAAUUAUGGACUUAUAUACCACCAUUAUUUGUGUAGUUUAUCUACGAGCAGACAUGACCACUUUGUUAUAACUGUGGAGAUUUUUUUUCUUUCAGUUUUUUUUUUUUUUUUACAAUGCCUACAACAUAUUACGUGACCUACUGAUACAUAUUAAUGUAUUAUUGCAUAUCUCUGCCAUUAUCAUUUUUGUUUUGAUUGUAGAGAUAUUUGUUCUUUAGUCAGUAAGACAGUUCUGUUUGUUUUACAGGGAUGAUGCAUUGCAUCCAGGAGUAUCAGUGCAGCUAAAUACGCUCUGUACUGUGAUUCGGUUUCUACUUCAGCUUACAUUUUAUCUAUCUAUUUUUCCCUCUCUAUGCUGGGCUAAAUGAUAAACAGCCCUGCAUUUCUGACAGAACCUGUGUUCUUUAGGCUACUGGGUUUAAAGCCUGUGUCCGUCAUCUAAUUUCCACGAGACUAAGAGCGUCAGAUUGUUGUCUUUUACUUGAUCUGCUUUUACUAGACUUGUACUUGUAGGAAGCUUUGUGUUCUAAACCUGUGUACUGACAUUUUAAUUUCUAUUAUAGAAUCAGUAGAUUUUAAACUUCAAUUCCUUUUUCCUUGUUGUAAGUGAACAUAUCAAGAUGACAGUCGUCAUAGCAAAAAAAAAGUUUGUUUCUAUAUUAAUGACUAAUAUGGGUCAGUUUUUAAUUCUGUACAUGAUGUUUUUGUAUAUUUUUUGUCUGUAUUCAUUGAGCUGGUGUGCGUGGGUGCAUGCAUGCGUGAAUGUGCAGUCUGUGCAUGUCACUUUAAUUUGGAAGAACGAUGUCCCUUUUAAAUUCGUAUUAAACAGAAUACAUCUUUUCA